AUGAGUGGAGAGGAUGAAGAAUUAAAUUUCACAUUACCACCUACCACCAAUAAUAAUAAUAAUAAUACAACCAAUGUUUUAGAAUCAUCCUCCGAUAGCGAUUACGAUAUAAUUCAACCAAGAGAAUUCUUAAAAAAGUCAAAACCAAAUUUAAUUUUAUCAACUAAAAAUUCACUUUCUUCAUUAUUAAAAAGAAAGAAAUCAAAAAAUCAAAUUACAACAACAACAACAACAACAACAACAACAGCAAAUAAUAAUAAUACAAGAAGAAAUAGAAAUAAUAAUAAUAAUAAUAAUAAUAAUGCAAAUGGAGCAAAUAGAACAAUUGAUACAUCAUCAGAGGAUGAUGAUGAAUCAAUAUCUUCUUCAGAUGAUGAUAUUGUAAUUGGGUCCAGACGUUCAAGAGCUGCAACAAUUUCAUACUUACCAAAUGUACCAAGAGCAAAUCCAACCCCAAUAAAUGGUAGAACUCCAACUCCAAGUCAUAAUUUUGAACCAUUUACAAUUAAUACAUUUCUUAAUAGUGUAAAUGGUGUAAAUAAAACCUCAACAACCUCUACAACAACCACAACUACAACAACAACUACAGCUGCUGGUAGAACUAAUAAAACUGUAAAUAGAAACAACAACAAUAAUAAUAACAAUAAUAAUAAUAAACGUUUUGAAAUUGAAUCAGAAGAAGAAUCAGAAACUGAUAUUUCAUCCGAAGAAGAAGAAAAUAAUAAUAAUAAUAAUAAUAAUAGUAAUAAUAAUAAUAAUAGUAAUAAUAAUAAUAAUUUAAAAUUAAAAACAAAAUCAAUGUCAUUCACAAAGAAUGGUAUACCAUUAAAAAUAAGAUCAAGAAUUAAUUCAGAAUCUGAAUCAGAACCUGAAAAUCAAUUAGCGGAAUCAUAUGAAUUAGGAAAAUGUCAAAGAAAACAUAUUUCUACACCAUCACUUAGAUUAUCAUCUGCACAUUUACCAAAUACAACAACAACAACUACAACCACAACAACCACUACAACAACUACAACAUCACCAAAAUCUGUAAAUAAUAACGACGACGACGAAUCAUCAGAUUCUGAUUCAUCAGAUUCUGAAAUUGAAAAUAUUAAACAAACUAUAAAAAAAAAUAAUGGACCACCAUCACCAAUGACAACAGAAAUAAUUAUUGGAUAUUCAGGACAUUCAAAAAGAUUAUGUAAUAGAUAUUCAUUACCAACAGUCCAAAAAUCAUUUACAAAACAACAAUUACAUGAAGAGAUUAUUAAUUUCGGUAGAACUCCAUCAAGAAUAAAACAAAGUUUUUUAAAACCAGUUAAUGGUGAUGCUGAAUUAGUAUUUGAAUAUGAUGACUCUGAGGAGGAGGAGGAAGAGGAAGAGGAGGAAGAAGGCGAAGAAUCAGAUUCUGAAUCAUCAUCUGGAUCAGAAGGUGAAGUUAUUGUUGAAAGCUUUGGAAUUGAGAAAAAAGUAUUAAGACAAUAUAUUAAAUUAAAGAAAGAGAUGGAAGAUAGAAAAAAGGUAUCAACUAAAUUGGAGGAACCAGUUGAAUGUAAAAUUUGUUAUAUGGAAUAUGAUCAAUCGAAUGAAGUUUUCACAUUGGAAUGUGAUCAUGUUUAUUGUUUCGAUUGUAUCACAGAGCAUCUUAGAAUACUAAUUACCGAGGGUAGAGUAUUGGAUAUCUCAUGUCCUCAUCCACAAUGUAAAAAAGAGAUCAAAGAGAGUGAAAUCUACAUGUUAACCAACGAAAAGAAUUGGUUAAAGUAUCAAAAGUUCUCAAUGAUUGCCUCAUUAAAAACGGAACCAAUCAAAUGGUGUCCAACUCCAGAUUGUGAUACACCAGUUCGUGGUGGUAGUGAAAGGAAUCCAAUAUUAAAUUGUCCAAAAUGUUCAAAUGAUUUCUGUUGGAUAUGUGGUGAAUAUUCUCAUGAGGGUGCAAAAUGUGGUACUGAGGCAAUGGAGUUGCAAGGAAGAAAGAAUAAAUCCAUAGAAUCGGCUGCCACCGCUUAUAUUGAUUUCCUCGAGAGUAAUAAACAUUUCGUUAAACCAUGUCCAACUUGUAAAUCUCAUAUCGAGAAACAUGAUGGUUGUAAUCAUAUGACCUGUAUCAAUUGUCAACAUCAAUUCUGUUGGUUAUGUAUGAACCCCUAUCAAAGUGGCCACUAUAGUUCAAAUGAAUAUCCCGAAUGUUUUGAUCGUCAAUAUUAUUCACCAUUCGUUCCUGAUACUUAUACUCCACCACCACCACGUAGAAGACAUAGAAAAUUAAAAAUGGCUAAAAAAAUUACUCUCUACACUGCUGCUUUUACUGUUGGUGCUCCUUUAUUAUUAAUUGGUGGUGCAGUUUUACUUUGUGUUAAAAUUCAUAAACAUAGAAAAAAUAGAGCAAGAAGAAAUAGAAAUGUUGGAUUAUAUUAA